AUGUGUACAUAUGUAGCAAGAGCUGAAGAUGAUUAUAAGAAGCAUGUGUUGCAAUGUGCUAUGCGAACCUUCAAUUGCACUUACUACAAUUACAACAGUAACAAGGAAACCAAUGUGAAGAGGUACGAAAGAAGAAGUCACCCUGGUAUGACAGAAGAGCCCAUCAAACUAGAUGGAAAACGAGAUAAUGCUGAAGAAUCAACUCGAUGCAGCAGCAAAUCUGUGGAAGUGCAAAAUGCAGAACAGUCAGAGGAAGAGUGGUUGAAACAGGACUAUGGAGAUGUAAUUGGUAAUGUCUCAACUGACAGUGGCGACAGUAGUGAUGAAGGUGACACAAGAGAUGACCACAUCAGGCAAGAAGAAAAUGCCAUUCAACAUCAGUCAUUGGAGGGUAGAGUCAUUCGGAAACCGACGAUACCUGCUAAACCGUAUGCUCCUCAAAACAAGAUUCCUCUUUUUCCCAGUAAGCCAGAGGUUGCCUCAAAGGAAACCAAUUGUAAAUGUCGCAAGAGGAAGCUAUCCAUGGAGGAUGUUGGUGUUCAGACUGAAGUCAGUAAGAGAAUUGUCGUAACCAGACAAAUUAAGCGGUUUCGUGAGGGUGGCAUCGAUGUUGAAGAGGUGAGGGAGGAGACAUUUGAAUAUUAA